AUGUCUCUUGGUGACCGCCGCGUCAAGUUUGCGCUUUUCGGCCUCGGCCGUCUGGGUGUUCUUCGAGCCCGUAUUCUCGCCUUCCAGCAGCCUCGCAUUGAACUCGUCGCCGUCUGUGAUACAAAGCCAGGCACUGACAAAUGGGCGGCAGAGAAUCUGCCCCCUACUGUCAAGUAUUAUUCAGACCCUCAAGAAUGUCUGAAGAACAGCGGUGCUGAGGCUGUCCUCAUCUGCACCGCGACUGCUACACACGCCCCUCUGAUCUUGCAGGCCCUUGAUCUAAACUUGCACGUCAUGUGCGAAAAGCCCGUCUCGGUCGAUAUCGCUACUACCAAAGAAGUCGUGGAGAAGUCUGCUUCUAGGCCCGAUCUCAAGUUCCUUGUUCCUUUCACUCGCAGAUAUGACAAGUCUUACCGCCAGGCUAGGGCUCUGAUCGACAAUGGAACGCUGGGUGAGAUUCACGCUGUCGAGACGACUGGUAUUGAUCAAGCAGAUCCGAACGCCUUCUUUGUCGCCUUUUCUGAGCAAUCUGGUGGCAUCUUCCUCGAUUUCGGCAUUCAUACCGUCGACGCUGGACGAUACCUGCUGGAUGUCAAGUCGGGCCUCUCCAACCCCAAUAAACAAGUCAACAGGGUCAUCGCCUUCGGACAGCAGGCUGUCUACGGGGAUUUGGCCAAGUUCGGUGACGCCGACAACGCAUGGGGCCUGGUUGAAUACGCCAAUGGCAAGAUUUUCAAGACUUACCUUGGCCGCACGCUCACCAGCGGCUUCGAGGAUACGACUCGGUUGUGCGGUACCAAGGGACAUUCAAUCAUCAGCGCCAACUCGAACGUUGAGAUCCGCGAUAAUCUCGGUAUUCGUACACAGUCUGUACCCGAUGCGUUUACUCUUUUCGAUGCGACGUUCUUGACAGAUCUUGCUGAGUUCGCUGAUGCGGUGCUUGAUGAUAAGCCCUUGACUUGUCAGCCGGAGGAUGCCUUUGAGGCGGGCAAGAUCUGUGCCGCUUUGCAGUAUUCGUUCCGCAAGGGCGUGCCUGUAUACUUUGAUGAUAAUGGUCUACCUAUCAUGGAUUGA